CGAGGCCUUUCCGACUGGCGCCCUGCCCCGCGCACAUUGACUCACCGCAGCCGGGGCAGGAGCUGCCGGCAGGUUUCGGAGAGGGAGCCAUGGCGCUGGUGCUGGAGUACUGCGACUGCGGCAGCCUGUCGGACGCCAUCACAGCUCGUUCCUUCAUGCAGAGGGUCACCGCACGCAAGGGCGAUGCCGGUGCCGCUCCCAAGACCUACCUCGCCAUAAACAUGCGGGCCGUCUACACCACACUCCUCGAAAUCGCUCUGGCGCUGCGGCACAUGCACUCGCUUCACCUGGUGCACUGCGACCUCAAGCCGCAAAACGUGCUGCUCAAGUCAAGCCCCAGAGACCCGCGCGGCUUCAGUGCCAAGCUGAGUGACUUCGGGCUGUCCAAGAUGCUGGCGGCGGACGAGGACGGACAGCUGGUGAUUGAUGAGGCGGUGGGGAGCGGCACCAUUACCCAUGUAGCUCCGGAGGUGUUGAUAGGCCAGCAGGCGCUGGGGGCGGCUGUGGAUAUCUACGCGUUCGGCAUCUUGAUGUACCAGGUGUUGUGCGGCAUGCGGGUGUACGACAAGCUGCAGUCCGCGUCAGCCAUCGCUCAGGCGGUGGCGCACCAGGCCGUACGACCCGAGAUGCCGCACUGGGUACCUCAGGGGUACAGGGAGCUGGCGCAGGCCUGCUGGCACCCCGAGCCCUCCCGCCGGCCCACCGCCGAGCAGCUGGUACGGCACCUGGAGCGGGCGCUGGAGUCGCCCCGGCAACACAACAAAUAACCGGCACAACAAUCCCAACAACCGCCAGCUCCCAACCGCCAGCUCCCAACCGCCGCCUCGACAACCGCCUCAGCACUCCGGGCGUCAGGUGUGGACUACUAGAGUGCGGGGCGGGGCGCCGAGUAGGGUUGUGUGGGGAGCUGCUGCUCAUUAUCCUGCUGCUUACUAGUACGGUUGAGUGGCGAGUAGCUUCGAAACCAGAAACCAGACGGCUUCGAGCGAGGUGUUUCCUGUUAGGGUAGUAGAUAGGUAGGUAACACUAUGCGUGCUGUUCAUUCAGAUGUGCACCGAGCGCAAGGUUACCUGCCUUCCUGGGGCACCCUGGGGUCGACAUGGGUGCUGGGUUGUAUGUAUGGAUUGCAGGGUUGCAGGGUUGAAGGGACAGUACCACUACUGGGCCCGCUGGUGUUGGGUGCCACUGGGCUAGCGGGCUAUGAGUGUUAAGGUGGCAGGGCGGGUACGCACUUGCGGCGCGAGGGGCGGUGUAACGAGUUAACGCGUUGCUACUGCCGAUGUUUAGAUUGGACGGUAAUUGGGGUGUGGGGUACGGUGGCGCGGAGUCUUGGUCUUGGACACUGUAGGACGGUGUCAGCACGGGUGCUUGGGAACUGCUGCAUCAGGGGGCGAUUGAAAGCGCUAGCCAGGUGUUGUCCUUGGGCUGCAAAGGGCUCGUAGUUGGUUGGUUGGUUGGUUGGUUGGUUGGUUGACUGCUUGUUGGGACGGUUUUGGUUAUGGGCUAUAGAGGAAGGUUAGAACGUAUUUAUUGAUUGUCACGCGCGUGUGUGUUGUGUUGCUGUGCGUAAAAUUCAUGGGGCCGUUUUUGCCAAGUGCCUGCAAUUGCAUGCGUGCAAUUCACUACUGAUGACCCAUGGGUCACAGCCUGUGCCUGGCCGCGAGUGCAAGGCAUGGGCGACAGGCGCGCGACUGUUGAUCGGGUUUCAAGCGCCCUACGGAUACAUUCGAUGUGCUGCUCAUGGGGGGGAGAAGAAAAUGAAAUUCAAGCAAGGAUGGCUGCUGCUGCUGAUGGUGCUGGUGCUAGUGGAAUAUUGAACAUGGUGGUAAUGCCGUUGUUUGAAAAAUGUAGCUUUGAGGACUCACUCGGAAUUGACUUUUGUGUUGAUUUUUAACGUCUGUGCGAAGAUCUGAAGACAGUUGUUACAUCAUGGUUGUCGCGGAGGUUCGUAUGGGUUCGCAUGGGUUCAUAUGGGUUCGCAACUUCGCAUGGGUUUGCACUUUGCAGUGCUCGGCGCGCGGCAAGAUGUGAACGGUGGGUAGGGAGGCAGGGGCGCUGCAUGAAACCUCUGUUUGUCCUCCCUCGCCUGCCCCCCUUUCUGGGCGAUGAUGAUUUAUGGUGAUGGUGAUGGUGAUGGUGGUGAUCGUGACAUUGAUGCACAUGUGUCAUGUGGUGGGUUGACGGCCGGGGUGGGCGGUGGGCAUGCGUGGGCGUGUGUUGGCCCUUUGCAUGACAAUGGAUUGCCAGGGGUGUGGUCCCGGCAAAAUACAGGAACACUGGCAGGCACACACCGCAGCUUGCACAAUACAUCCUGCGUUGUGACGUGAACAAAGGAGGAGUUGCGCAAUUGGAUACACAUGGUUUGUGAGGACUGUUUAGCGUUCGUGUAGUCCACGCACCCCGGUUGCAUGCUUGUAUUUCUUAUUGGCAUCAUGAAUGAAUGAUGAAUGAAUUGAUGAUGAAUUGUUACUUGCAGCUGGAUUUCGCUCGCACCAACCAUUCGAUUGUCCGCGCGCUGCUUAGCCUGGUAGAUGUACACCCCGACAAAAACCAAUUAAUGAUGAGUGCUGUUCACCACUUGCAUUGAGGAUACAUGUACCUGCCCGUUUUGGGAGGUUCUCAUGUUUAUUUGCCGCGAGCGGAUAGAGGAGCGAUGUCGCCUUGUUUCUGAAUACACUGACGACGAGCUGAUAAGAAGGACGAUAGAACUUAGUUGAAGGCAUGCAGGGCCCGGUGCAUGGCGCACGCACCUUGUGAAGACGGCGGCGGGAUGCCUGCUUUGCAGCUUUGUUCGUCCGCCUCCUCGCCCCUCUUCAAUCGUGUUGCGCGAGCGAAAUGAGACCGACCGCGAACAGUUGCUGAGGGCUGAGGAAGGCUGUUUAUCGGCUAGAUAGAGUCGACGGCGGAUUGGAUUGCUGGAGGAUGUAUGUACGGCUGCUGACUCAUCUUGGAAGCUAGUAGGUGCCUCGCAGCCGCUUUGCUUCCAUUGAUUGGGUAAGGCGAUCGCUCGAGGUUAGUGCUACGGAGCGGCGAGGCUGGGGCAAGUAGGAGGUCGUACAUGCUGGAUGCGUGCGUGUGCCCUUGUUUUGGCAGGACGGUAGUGGAGGUGGCAGAGGUGGUGGUGGUGGUGGGGGCUGGCGGGUCCCGGUGACUGACGCCGGCUCGAGGAUGGGGUUGGUGGAGGGGUUAAAGGGUACGUAAGGAGCAAGGUGGAUGGUAAGGAACGCGGGUGUUCGACACAGCCGCAGCUAGCAAACUGGCCGCGAAGUCUAGUCGCAUGUGUGCAUGUGUAUGUAUUCGUGCAGCUGGGUGGGGUGUUUGAUGAUUGAUUAUGGUGGUUUUGCAUGUAUGCAUGCAUGGUUUAUUAGUUG